GAAAUUUGACAUAAUCUAGAAAACUUAACCUAAAAAAUUGAAAUCAAAAUUGUACAUUUGAAAGAUUUUUGAUGGAGUUCUGAAAACAUAAAUACAAACAACAUAUUCAUUAUAAGAAUAAUUUCUAAUAUACGAUUACAAUGUCUAAAAUUAUUCCACUGAUUAAUUUCAUAUCAAAAAGGGGCAUAUCCCUCACUGCUCCAAGAGAAGGUAAAAGAAAUUUCCGUAAAUUUGUAAUACCAAACAAAAGAGGUUCCAGAAUACAUAAAAUGCAACAAAUGGGCUCUAACCGUCAGCUUCCAAUCGAUAAACGCGGUGUCCGCGACACUGUAUACGAAUUAAAUGGAAAAGUAGUGACUGUACCAGAAAUGAUACCAGAAUUAAUCGUCCCCGAUCUUCAAGGAUGUACUUUGAAACCUUAUGUAUCAUACCGAACAGAAGAUGUAGUCCAAAGCGAGUUUACAUCAAAACAACUCUUUGAUGCUAUUUACUCGAAAAAAAUUGUAAUAGAUUACAAAGAAGGCAAGUUGGAUGAAAACGGCCUGCCCCUUGAGCCAUCUGCUGAAGAGAAAUUAACUCCUGAAGAAGCUGUAGCCCAAGCGAAGAAAACGGGUUCCGAUAUCUUUUAGCCAGUUUAUUUUGUAGUUUUAAUUAAUAAUAGUUUAAUAAAGUUAUUGUGUUAGGUUA